AACAUAACAUAGUUUAGAUUAUUUAAAAAUGCUAUUUAAAGACAGAAGGCACAAGGAAGUAUAUAAUACAGACAUCUAUAACUUGUCAAAAUGGCGUUUGCAAGUUCUUUACAAAAAGGCCAAAUUCCAGUAGGCUGUGAGCUGUGCAAAGGUCAAAAUAGGAUCCAGUUCAAAUGCAUUGAGUGUGAUCUGUUAAUGUGCAGUGAGUGUUUGGAUAGAGUGCACUUAAGAAUUGCAAAAGAUCAUCAGAUAACAGAUAUAAAGGAUAUAGGAAAAAAUGUUAUUUUCAAUGAAAUUAAGUGUGAAAACCAUACGGGACAAGCAUGCUGCCUUUUCUGUCAAACCUGCAAAACAUUUAUCUGUCUGAAGUGUGUAGCUAAGAAAGUUCAUAAUGGACAUGAAUUGGUUGAAGAAGAAGACUAUAACGAAAGCAAAGUAGAAAAGAAGCCAAAACAGAUGAGUAAGAUUAAGUUUGAAAUAUCCAAAGAAUAUACAACAGAUCUUACUGAUAUUCACUACAUAGCAGUAUGUUCUGAUGGUUCUAUGUGGAUGGGGAAUCAGAUCAGAUCAAAGUUACAACAUGUCAAACUUAGGGAGGAUAAAACUGAAAUUAUUACAAGUUUAAACAUUAAGAUUUGGGGAAUGGCUAAAAAUCAUUCAAAUAACAUUCUUAUUACAACAGGUGGGACUAAACUCAAACUUAUCAACACCAUGACAGGACAGAUGACAGAUUCCAGGUAUGAUGUAAAACCAUUGGAUCCAAUCAGUAUCCAUGUGACCAGUGAUCACAGAGUCUUCAUAGGAGCCUAUCCUGGAGGUAAUGCAUUCCCUGUCACUGGAAGACGUGUGGUGGUGGUCAUGGAUCAGGAAGGAAAACAACUAAAGGAAUAUGAACAUGAUGAACAUAACAAACGAUUAUUCACCUACCCUCUAUGUGUAGCUACUACAAGUAAUGGUAACAUCUGUGUGGUGGAUUGGUUAGAUAAUGACCACAGAGGUAGAGUGGUAGUAUUAUCACCAGGAGGAGAUAUUCUAGGAACUUAUACUGGUCACCCUGAUGUCAACACAGGGAACAAACCAUUUCAACCUAAAAGAAUACUAACAACACCAUCAAAUAAUAUCGUUGUUACUGAUUUGAAAAAUCAUUUAUUGCAUAUGCUGACUGACCAAGGACAAAGUAUUACAUACUACAAUCUCGGUGACAUGGGAAUCAUAUUUCCAUACUCCCUUGCUCUGUCUACAACAGGAACUAUCUAUAUAGGAUGUGUUAGUGAAGCAGGAAGUCCAGACACUACAAAGGCCAAACUUUAUGAGUUGGAAUAUUCUGGAAUCUAGUGAAAGAUAGAACCACUUUAGGAAACAAAUAUAAACCAUCAUAGCAAAGAAAUUAUUUGUUAACAUUUUCACUUAAAAAGUCAUAAACUUAUGAUUGUUUAAUCAUAAAUUAACUUUUCAAAAUAUAAUGGACUUUCAUUGCAGGAUUUGUUUUUUUGUAAAAUACAUUAGAUAUGAUUUAUUUUCAUGCUUUCAUAUAACAGAUUUCAAGAAAUUUUGGAAAAAAGUUAAGAUGUAAAAAAGUUUUAAUCACAUAUUUUUAACAAAAGUGAACCAACGCCUUAGGUAAAUCUGUAUUAUGGUAGAGUACCUAAAGAGGAUACCUCUAGUAUGCAGUCAGUCUUUAUGAUAAAACACAUAAAAUGUAACACUUUAGAUUCACUGCUGCAGAAAAUUUAUUUAUCAACAUGUUUUGGUGCCUACUAAAGGGUUGUUUAAUGCCACUUUCCACACAAUGUAAUCAUUAAAAUUAGUAAGCUAUAAAUUUUCUUGUGUUUAAAUUUUUAAGCCAAAGAGUAAAACUUGUAGAAUUUUUAUUUUGAGUGAUAUCAUACCUUUUAGACAUUUAAACUAAGUUCCUGUAACUUACAUCUUAUGGGAAUAUUUUUUCAUACUUACCACACAGACUUUUCAUUAUCAUUGGUCUAUGAAAAUAAGGUUCAAGAUGAACCCUAUCAGACCUUUGUAGAACAAUGGAUGUAUGCCAGAUGCAUCUGUUUAAAAGAUAAGUAUCAUGCGUGUACAUCAUAUUUGGUUUUGCUUUUUGUUUGUACAUUGCCUAUGUCAUAAAUAAAUGAAUUGGUUUACAUUUGUUUUUUUGCAUUAAUAUUAAAAUCAGGCCAUUGGCUAUAUGA